CAGACUAAAUAUUCACUACGAUUUAUCGGCAGUUUGCUUACGGAGAUGGGCGAGGAUACGAUUGUGCUCAGUGCCGAGAACUGCAGUUUCACCGUACCUCGGAGUAUUUUAGCUGAGCAUAGCGUCUAUUUUGCUGCUGCGCUUGAAAGCGAAAUGUUGGAGUUUGCCACUGGACACUUUGUGUUUCCCGAUUUCACCGCAUCGCAAUUGUCUCUGUUUGUGCAGUGCGCCCAAUCAGGCUUCACUCAUUGGCCCGAGAACGAAUGCGAAUCAUCGAUGGUGUCUGAUAGAGUCCAGUGCGAUGUCUUCCUCUCCAAUUUGAGCGAAGUGCUCGAACUAGACUGCGUUGCCGAUUAUUUGCAGAUUUCUUCGCUCACCGACAUGUGUGCAGCUCGGUUGUCGAAACUUCUGGCCCACGUGUUUGACUCGUAUGCCACAUCCUGUGAGAAGCACCAGUCUCCUGUGUUCGAGAAGUUCCUUUAUUUAUGGGCGACUUUUGAGAAACGUCUGACACGCAAACUCAAUGACAUCCUAUUUCGCUUUACUGCUAGGAAUCCUGUUUCCGUUUUAACAUCCUUCCCUAGUCCACCGGAUGCUUCGCUCGGAUCAACCGUUAUCGAGCUAGUUGUUUCGGUUCUUACUUCGGACACGCUUUGUGUAUCAGACGAAGAUCAAGUGUUAGAGAUCGCUCUCAACUGGAUCCGACUACUCACCCCAUCCGGAGACCGGAGUUCUGAAUUGGUUAUUGUCCGAUCAUUUCUAAACUGUGUCCGUUUGGGACUACUGUCUCCGUCGGGCCGAAGUGAUAUGGCUCAAUUUUGGUCCAUCUUCUACCCCGAGUUCAAGUGGCAAGACCAGUUAACUUACGAUGAAUUCGUCUCCGUGUUGCGAUCAGAUGUGUGCAAGGUCAAUCACGCUCCAGGUGCGGCAAUACAGCCGUGCUGUUGUCCACGAGCUUCCACGCCCUGUCUUUUGACUAUACUGCCGAAUUGCAAUGGCGCAGGCCUGGAAUUGUGGGCUUUCAACCUUCUUACCGGUGAACAUCGUGUUUUCAGUUUGACCGAACAUCUGCUGUGUUAUCUAUCACACGAUUUUCCGCCAGCCUAUAAUGACGAUAUCCAUAUUUACCUCUGUCACUCGUCAGUCGCUGUACCGGACAGCUCUGUUGUCUUUCUGAUCUACCAUCCUUACCAACACGGCGGUUCAUUGAUCGGUUUUGUUUGGUGCCUGUCCACUGGCAAAGUGCAAUGGAUUCCUCGUUUACCCAUUCAUCCUGACGAUCGAACUACUCCUGGUGUUCCGCACAGUGCGCGCACUUCUUCGUCACGUCGAUUUGAUCUGGUCACACUACGCACCGGACUGCUGGUGUACUUCCUUGCUCCUGUCCAUUCGUGGGUUCUUAUUUUUGCAUUCACCUUUGAUUUCGCAUCGUGGACCUGGCACACCCUUCCCCCGACCACCGUUAUCUGGUACCCUGUCGGAGCUUCGGUCCGGUCUACUCCAAUCAAACAGCUGAGCUCGAUCACCCAUGACGGAUGGGUUUACGCCCAUGUGGAGGUCGACGAACAGUCGAUCGCUCGAGCUUUACCCAUCUCUCGGCACAAUUUGCAUCAGCUGUCAUUACAUCGUUCAGUGCUUUGUCGAUUUCGACCGUUAGCAUACACGGAACAGGAAACCUGCCGGUUCGAAUUGGAAAUACUGCCCCCCGCCCCCUUUCUCGUCCGAAUCUACCGGUUGCUUGUCCUCAAUGCUGCAGAUCGUCAGUAUCUAUUCGCUUUCGGGACUUGCGGCCGUGAUGAACAGGCAACGCAGUUUUGUCUUGAUGUGGAGGGUCGUCGGUGGAUCAGAUGGUCCACCUGGAAUCAGUCUACUGAUCAAGGAACGACGCACGACCCAUCGACAGUUGACACUCAUAAACCCGAACUAGUGACUAACCUAAGUCCGGAGCUUUUGGGAUUUCGAGGUAUUGUGUGUUCUGCUCAACUUCCCACCGGAUGGAUUGACAAUUUGGUCCGCCCAUCGGACGUUCAUGCGUUCUCCCUUUUCUCGCGCACCCCUGAGGCAUGUGUCGGCAAUUCUCCAGACUUAAAACGAAGCAACACUAACUCUUCUGAUCCUAUUACCCCAACGCUGGUCCUGAUUGGUCGACCAAAUUAUCAUUCCGCGGGGAACAGGCGCACCAUUUUGGGUAUCUGGUUUCACAAACCCACGAUUGUCACCAACUCGCAGUCUUCCAUCCCAACUUUUAAGCCUCGCGAACCGGUUAUCCCGCUGCCCACUUAUUUGACCCGGAAACUUUACGAACCCUCGUCCUCAUCCGUUGUGAUCUACGUCAACUGGGAUAAUGUUAUCCAGUCUUCGGAAUUGUUCCGUUUUACAACUCCGCUCCCCGAUAAUGGAGCAGUCGUCGAAGAGUGCUACCGUCCGCCCCGCUUCGGCUCGUCUUCGAACUUUGGUUGCUUACGAUAUCCGUGGAAUUGGUCCUCACAAGAUAGCGAUUAGCGUCGUUUUUAAAAUCUCUGUACACAUAUCCAUCAAUUAUUUGGCUGCCAUUUAUUUUGUGUCACAUCAGAUUACCCUUGGUGUACAUAUUCUUCAUUCGCAAUUGUUUCAUCUCGGCGCGUUUUUUCCUUAUCUUUCUGACCAUCGAGCUCAAUUGGUGCGUAUUUUGAUAAUUUUUCAUUAUGCGACUGAAAGAGAACCGAGUGAACAUUUUC